UCUGCCGCAGCGACUCAUCCUAUCGAUAAGGUUCACUUAGCCAAGGUGGAGGAUGGGAAAAGAAUGGAGCUGUCCCAGCUACUCAAUGAGAUCAGGGCAAACUAUGAAAAGCUCCUCACGAGAAAUCAGAUAGAGACCGUGCUCUCAACAAGGAUCCAGCUAGAGGAAGAUAUGAGCAAGAAAAUGGACAAGGACGAAGAAGCUUUAAAAGCAGCUCAAGCAGAACUCAAGGAAGCUCGACGCCAGUGGCACCACCUGCAAGUGGAAAUUGAAUCUCUCCAGGCGGUGGAAAGGGGCCUGGAAAACUCCCUACACGCCAGUGAGCAGCAUUACCAGAUGCAGCUGCAAGACCUAGAGUCUGUGAUCGAAGGACUAGAAAGAGAGCUACAGGAAGUAAGGCGCGGUAUCGAAAAGCAGCUUCAAGAGCAUGAGAUGCUUCUCAACACAAAGAUGAGGCUAGAACAAGAAAUCGCCACCUAUCGCCGCCUCCUAGAAAAGGAAGAAAUCAGAUAUUACGGUUGUAUCCAAGGAGAGAAAAAAGAACAAAAACCUACGACAAGUAGAGUUGGUUUUGUUUUACCUUCAGCCAUUAUAAAUGAAAUAUCUUUCUCAACAAAACUCCCACAAAAAUAUGAGAAUGAAAAAGUGGAAACAGUUACCAAACAAGCAAUACUGAACGGAAAUGUUGUGAAGGAAAGCACAGAGGCUCGUGGCACAAUUCAGACAGAGAAAGUGGAUGAAGUUAUUAAGGAAUGGGAAGGCUCCUUCUUCAAAGAUAACCCUCGAUUAAGGAAAAAAUCCGUUUCUCUUCGAUUUGACCUUCAUUUAGCAGCCACUGAUGAAGGGUGUUUACAGACUAAGCAGGAUAAUCUACCAGAUAUAGAAGUCAGGCUUAUCAUGAGAAGAUCAUGUAGCAUCCCCUCUAUCAAACCUCCAUCAGGAGCUAAUUAAUCCGAAGACAGUAUUUGACUUGAUUUGAAAAUGACAUGAGGGUAGACCAAGGUAGGCCACACUGACCACCUCCAUCCCAAUUAUUAAGAAUGUAUUUUAUGAUCAAUGUGCAAUUCUCUUCAGAAAACAAACAGUAAGGAACAAAAUUUCUCUGAAUGUACUUAUGGAUGUAUUCUUUGAUGAGGGGGAGCUUAAAAAUAAAAUCAGAAAUUCAGUAUGAUUUCUAUUUUAUUUACUCCACAUAGUCCUCUUUGUUUCCUUGAACUGUUAUUGGAGACUAUAAGUGUUAAGCUGGCUUAGUUAGACCUUUGAAAUUUCACUCAACUGGCCAAAAAUUCUAGGGAAAGCCAACAGUUUGUUUAAGUAUGACCAUAUUACAUUAAGAGUCACACUGACUUAUUCAUCAUUAUUCCAUGACUGGUUAUAUCUAAAAAGAUUUUUCUACUUACAAAAGAAAACAAACUUUUAAGGAGGACUCACCAUUCACAUAAUCCAAAAAAAAAUUUUUUUGAGACAAUUAUUUGCAUACUUAGAAAACCAACGGAGCUACUUUCCAUGAGCAAUUCUGAGCAAACUAUAGAACACACCCCUCGCUAAUUUGAUGGUUAAAUAAAAUUAAGUUAAUCUUCAUACAAAAGCUUUUUGUAGUCAUUAUCUGAUUUCCAGAAGAGUAACUUUAUUCAAAGAAUUUUAAAGCUGUGUCCUCCCCCACAAAAAAAUCCGAAGGCCAGCGUCACAAACAAAAGAUGAAAAUCUUGUUGCUAUGGUUACUAGAAUAGAGUUCUCCAAUCUCAACAUUCCAACUUUUCCAUCUGUCAAGUUCAAUGUGACCAACUUGAAUAUUCAAUGUGAGCAUUAGAUAAGAAACUAUAAAAAGUAUUAUAAAUAUUUCUUGCAAUCAUUUAUGUGAACUACGAUAACAGCAUUGUUAUCUAAGCUAUUUGCAGGAUUUAUGUGUUUAAAUUGUUCUAACUGUAAUAAAUAUGGACAGAAAAUAUAUUUGUGAAUAAGUCAAGUAUUGUUGCAAAGUUUUUUAAACAACCUAAUUUGUUUAAUACAGGCAUAUUUAUUUAUUUUAAGACCUUAAAUAAUAAAUACCUGUUUUAAAACAUUAGAAAUUUAUAGGCUAUCACUUUUUUUCUAAGCAGAAAAAAUGUUGAGUACAACUCAUCAUACUUUUUCCCAGCUAAAGUGUCAUAUAAGGGCUACAGCUCAUUCAGCAUUUUUAGUACAGCCUUUGCAAUCUCUCUAUCUCAUUUCAAACAGAACAAAAUGUAUAUUUUAACCAGGAGAAAACGGUGUUAAAUAGUCUUUAACAUAAUACAGGGAUAUAAAAUUUUAAAUUUUCUUUUUCAUUAGCCUGUCUUAUUCUGUUUAGCGAAAGGGAUGAUUUUGUUUUGUCAAGGAUACAAUGGCACAUUAAAUGCUUAUUCUUGUGCAAGCAUCUGACCUAAGAUACAUCCUGUACAUAAGUGUUUUCAUUCAGUAUUAAUAAAAUGCUAUGCUACUAACUUUAUCAAUGCUUUGUACCAUGCAAUCAUAUAAUGCUAUUGUAUUAAAGUUACUGUACUAAGCAACAGUAAGCAUAAUAAAACAAUAUAUCUAGCGUAAACUAUAUGCAGUGUUAAAAACAGUACUAGGCAUCAUGAAUGUAACUGCUUGUUAUAGUAAUUCCACUAUGCAGCUCUUGUGUGUAUAACAUGUACAUUUGAAAAUACAGUACUUGAAUUUAUAAAAAAAAAGUUUUAUUUGCUUUGGGGCAUUUUAAAUUGGGAUAUGAAUUUACCAGAGUAAAUGAUACCACUACAAUAAAAAAAAAAAACCAACCCUGAAAUGUAAA